AUGGACAAUGCAAUGCCACGUUGGGGUAUACGAUGCCGGUUGAUGGACUGGAUGAGGAAAUGUGAUUCAGAUGAAAUGGAUAUGGUGGGUGGAUGUCGGGAUAGCUAUUGGGAAUCUUGCUCUAUCAUGCUACAUGUGAUUAGAUGGGUGGAUGUGGUGUAUUUUGACGAUAAUGAAUCCAGAUAUGCUCUACUUUUUUGGCCACGGCAAAAGUGA